AUGGUGGUUGACAAGGGUGGCAAUGAGAAGGGUCUGGAGCUCGGCAAAAGGAAGGAUCACUUCAUCUUCUCCAUCGAGAGUGUGGGUCAAGUUCCUGCUCCUGACCUCUUUGAGCGCGCGCUCGUGAAACUGAAGGAGAAGUGCCAGACAGCAAAGGAUGUCAUCCACCAGAGGAGACAGGAGACCGGCUGA